ACAGGUGAAAAGGCCACAGAUGGGUCGUGUCAACAGGCAGUCGCCGUGUGUGCGUCGUGAGGUGAGGACGUGUGUUGCGUGUGUGCUCUCUGUACUCUGGCACCAUUGUGGUACUCUGCUUGCUGCAAUUGCUUACUGUGCAAGUCCAUUGAAUGUAACAUAAACGAAAGAAAAAAAUAUAUGUGAAAAUUGCAGUGUUAAAAACAAAACAAAUUAAAACAGAAACGUCACAUUUUAACAGUAAUAAAAAAUGUUAGUAUAUGAAAAUCUACCAAUAAUUGAAAACCCAAAACAUUGUGUAUAGAAAGAUAAGAAUUGCAAGGAAGUAGUAGUGUGGAUAAUUAUUUUAUCGGCGGCGUGGUGACGCUAGGCUCCGGAGGGGCGUGAUGGAGAAUCCUGCCUUCGUCAGCGAUGGGUCGACUCUACAGCAGCAGCCAGGAGCUACGGGAGUUGGAGGACAUGAGGGCGUGGGGAGCAGUGAGAAUGUCCGGGGCCGAGGGCCGCGCCUCCAGAGGUCAGAGGGCCAAGCUGAAGGAGGCAAGUGUGCAGGUGUGGAGGGGGGCAGACCAGCUCCGAAUGACGCUGUUAACCUCGAGAGGAGGGUGGGACUCCUCAGUGGGGUUGCUCUGAUUGUCGGGACUAUGAUUGGGUCAGGAAUCUUUGUAAGCCCGAAGGGUCUGCUAGAACGCACUGGGAGCGUGGGCUUGUCUCUCGUCGUAUGGGCUGCUUGCGGCGGCCUCUCCCUCCUUGGGGCGCUGUGUUACGUUGAGUUGGGCUGCAUGAUCCCUUCCUCGGGAGCAGAACACACAUAUUUCCUGACGGCGUUCGGUCACCUGCCGGCAUUCCUCUUUGCCUGGGUGUCCAUCAUCCUGCUCAAGCCCGCCAUGCUGGCCAUCAUCUGCCUCUCCUUCUCCAAGUACCUCGUCGAAGCCUUCGCCUCGGACUGUGAGCCUCCGCUGAUGGCCAUACAGCUUUUGGGUGCUCUUACUAUUGGCGCACUAGCCUACGCCGAGCUUGGAACACUCGUCGAGGCCUCGGGAGGAGAGUACGCUUAUUACAUGCAGGGUUUUGCAUCGGGGGAGCGCAAGAGGACUUGGUGGGGUCCCAUACCAGCAUUCCUGUUUGGGUGGGUAUCCAUAUUCCUGCUGAAGCCCUCCUCACUAGCCAUAAUCUGCCUCACCUGCUCCGAAUACUUAGUGAGGAUCUUCAGCGUCGGCAGUGUUGGCUGUCUUCCACCAAGCUUGGCGAUCAAACUCGUCGCUGCAUUUGUCAUAAUCCUCAUCACAUUCAUCAACUCGUAUUCUGUGAACCUGGCAACGAGGGUGCAGAACGUGUUCACAGCGGCCAAGCUGGUAGCCAUCCUAAUCAUUGUGGUGGGCGGCAUGGUUAAGCUGGGCCAGGGCAACACCCAGUAUCUCGCCACGGGCUUCCACGGCUCCACCAAGAGCUUCGGCGACAUUGCCACUGCAUUCUACAGUGGUCUCUGGGCCUAUGAUGGCUGGAACAACCUCAACUAUGUGACGGAGGAACUCAAGAAACCCUACACGAACCUGCCACGGGCCAUCAUCAUUGGGCUUCCUCUGGUCACCAUUUGCUACUUGCUCGUCAACAUCUCGUACCUGGCCGUCAUGAGCCAAGACGAGCUCCUCGCCUCCGAGACUGUGGCAGUGUAUUUCGGUGGAAUACUGCUUGAGAUGCCUGGAGAGCUUGUCAUGAUAAUUUCAGUGGUCAUAUCAACCUUUGGGGCAGCAAAUGGCACCUGCUUUGCAACUGGGAGGUUAUGCUUUGUGGCAGCACGAGAGGGACACAUGGUAGAUGUCCUGUCAUAUGUCCAUGCUAGGAAACUUACGCCUUCUCCAGCUCUUCUGUUUAAUGCAUCUAUUGCUCUGAUAAUGGUUAUUCCUUCGGAUAUCGGCUCUCUCAUCGACUUCUUCAGCUUCACUGCCUGGAUCUUCUAUGGGGGUGCUAUGGCAGCUCUCAUCAUCAUGCGAUACACCAUGAAAGAUGCCCCACGUCCAUACAAGGUACCCAUCGUCAUCCCAAUCUUGGUAUUGAUCAUCUCGGUGUACCUUGUCGUGGGCCCCAUCAUUGACUCUCCACAGAUUGAAUAUCUCUACGCUUCCCUCUUCAUCGUUGCGGGCCUAAUCUUCUACUUCCCUUUUGUUUACAUGAAGAAGAGUGUCCCUGGCAUGGGCCACUUGACAACCAUCCUCCAGCUGAUCCUGCAGGUCGUUCCCACAGAUGUCAUGCCCGAUGCCUGAAGGGCAAACUCAAUUGGUCACCUUAUCAUUCCAUAAGCCAUCAUUACCAGCAGUUGCAGUAAUCACAAGCUAGGUCUUGCAAGCAACUGCAGCAAAGGCUUAGCAAUGUCUGCAGUGACAACAGUAGUAUAAUGACUGGUUUGUUAUUUGCUGUUGGACUUAGACAGAUGGGAUUUCCUGCAGCGCUUCAAGUUGUUCUUUCACCCCCUUCAAAGUCUUGUACCUAGAAAAACAGUUUUAAUAUAACUUGUUUUAAAUAUUUAUGUUAAAUUUUAAUACAUUGUUUUGUCAGUUAUAUAAUAUUUGAAUUGCAUGAAAACAAUAUAAACAUUGUAUAUACUGUACUGUGCACUUUGGCAUAAAAUGAGGACAAUAUUUUUCGCAUUAUUUUAAAAAUAUAAAACUUAUACUAUAACUUAAAAUUAUUAGAAGUGAAAAUUGUUUGUUAAUGUAAAAGUUUGUUUGUUCUGCCACCAAUAGCGCCAAAUGCAUUGCCACACUGUAGAGUAAUGUGUAAAUUUUUAUCAGAAGUUAGUUUUCUAUAUAUUGUAGCAUACUGUAAUAUAUUAUGGUUACAGGGCACAGUUUAAAUAUUGAUGAAACAUGAAAAUAUUGUAUACAAUAAAUUAAUUUGUUUAAAUCCAGUGGCAAAAAAAAAAUAUAUAUAUAUUGAUCCCUGUCUCAAGAGAAAAUAGAAACUUUUUGCUUGUAUGAAUUCUUCGCAACAUUCGAAAAGACAACUGUGAAAUUUUGCUCCCCUACAGAUCGACAUGUGAUUAUCAGACACACCCUGAUGCCUGCUAUCUAGGAAGAUUAUAUAUAUUGAGGCUGAUUAUUUUGGGGAUAAACAUGACUAAAUCAGUUAACAAUACUUGAAUGAGGCUGUUUUUACCUGUGAUAUAAGUAGGGAGGCAGGCCUCGUGUACAAAACUUGUUUAAGGAUUUAUUUCUGUUUUGGUCAUGUAUAUUUAUAUUUUUUAAGUUUUUUGUUUAUAUAAUUUACCAAUUUGGUUAAUUUAGUUAUUUAGGCACUUUAAAUCUGUAAAUACAUAAAUUUAUUUUGGUUUAAAUGAAAAUGUGAUUAACUCAGAAUGGUCAGUUUCCAUAAGUUGUGGUAUCGGCACAUCAGUGAAAUUGUUACACUUGACGUGAUUUCAUUAGACCUUGCUCUUGUUUCUUAACAAACAAUGCAACAUCUGUUGAUCAAUCCACACUAGAAAAUGAAGGGAUGACGAUGUUUCGGUCCGUCCUGGACCAUUCUCAAGUCGAUUGUGAGAAUGGUCGACUUGAGAAUGGUCCAGGAUAGACGAAACGUUGUCAUCCCUUCAUUUUCUAGUGUGUGGAUUGGUCAACAUACUUCAGCCACGUUAUUGUGACUCAUCAGCUCCAAUGCAACAUCUGUUUGUUAAACUCUCAUUCACGUGCUGUUACAAUGAAUACAGUAGUGUACAUGUAUUUCUGAUCUAUUGAAAGUAACUAGUCAAGCACUUUAGUUUUCAUUGUACUGUAUUUUGAUAUUGCAUUGCCCACAUCAAAACAAAUCUGUAUUUUCAGAGUCGUUAAGUGUACAUUUCCAAGAUGGUUAACCUUUUUUGGGAGAUUUAAGCUCAGGGACCAAAUGUCGGUCUGCAGAUAUAAUGUCUAAGUGUGUCAUGAAUGCUUGUUGCCAUAUUGAUUAUUAUUUCUUAUUCAAAUUAAAAAAAAACUUAUAAUGUUGCAAUUUUUUUAUACAUUGUAUAAUUAUUACAUUUAGGCUGUUUUACAAUUAAUUAUAUAAAGUACUUCAUAUCAUGAACUGCAUAAUAAAGCCAUUGAGGAAGUACACAGCCAUAAACUUUGAUUGUAUUUAAAGUUAGGCCUAUAACUACCAACAUGAAUGGUUUAUUUUGCUUCAUCCACAGCCCAAUUUUUUUUAAUACUGAAAAAUCAGUUAUGAAAUGUAAAAAAAAAAAUAUUGAAAUAAGAAACUUUGUGUAUAUUUAUGUUAACUUUCAAAAGUAGCUGUAUUAUGAGCUAAAAUACAUCAAAUUAUUUUAACCUUGGAUAACAAACAGUAAUUCAUAUGAGAUGAUCGUAAACCACUCAUUUCAUAAUUAGAAAUUUGAAAUAUAUGAUGCAGAUCAAAUUUCUUUAAUAUUAAUUUACUGAAGACUAAUCUUAAAUUUUGGCACAAUGUUUUUCUUUAAAUUUGUAACCUGUGUUUUAAUUUUGUUCAAGUUCAAGUACGUUUAUUGAGAAAAAGGAAGUACAUCUCAAAAGGAUAGAGUAGCUUAGGGCUACUCUCAGGAAAGUGCAUAUCUAUGUGCAAAUAUUGGUAAAUGUGUUGAGUAAUAUAUAUAUAAAUAAUGGAAAGGUGCAUCAGCACAUACAAGUUGUAAAUGUGAAGCUAAAAAAUGGUAGGCUGGACAUUAAGGUAUUGUUUUGAUGCCACUAAAACAUAUAGGCCUGUUGUAAGUCUUGGUGAAAUUAAAAGAAAAUGCUAUCUUAUAUUUAUCUGGUGUAUUCAUUUAUUUAACAUUAUUAAUACAACAAUUAUCAAUUACCAAUUAACUCUGUAUAAGCCUUUAUGAAGAGAAUCUUUUGAUACACUCAGUUAUGCUACUUUUGAUUAUUAUUCAAAAGUCUGAUGUUACCCCUCCCUCCCCCCCCCAAAAAAAAAUCGAAACAUGGAUGAAAAUUUGAGGUUAAAUCAUUGAGUGAAACAAAACUUACAGAAGUGUGGUUCUGUCUGUUGAUAGUAUUCCACUUAUUUUCUCAUGUUAAUAUACAGCAGCAUCUGUUGGGUGUUUAUGCACUGCAACGCAAGUUUUGUAUCCGUGUAAUGUAUGCGUUUCCGGAAGACUGAACUUUCAUAAAUAAUUUUUCAAUGUAUGAAUGAACUGACAUGUAUGUUCGAAUUUAAUGACUUAUUUGCAGGAGGAGAACGACAAGUAUUAAUGAAGCCCCCCGUGUACAUUUAGUUCUCUUUAGUUUAGUUUAGCAUGUGAAAUACAACUGAUUUAUACCAGACUAGUUCUGCAUUUUGCAGCAACAUGGUUUGAAAGUACAAGUACACAGAAAGAGAAUUAAUAUAUAUAUAUAUAUAUAUAUAUAUAUACCAAUUAAGCAUGCAUAUAUGGUAUGUAGAUACCAGAUGACUUUCUUUUCAUAUUCCAAUAAUAUUUAUUCCACAGAAUACUGAAAUCUUAAGUGGAUAUUUUGUAGAAAUAAGAGAUCACACAGGAGAGGGAAACUUUCAUUGGAUCACAGCACAUUUAAUCAAUCGCUGUCAGAAAAUGAUCUAACCAGAAACUCCCCAUUCCAAAAUGUAUACUUCGUGAUGUUUUGUUCUUUGGUCAUUUACAAUUUAAUGCAAAGUUUUCCAUUUUAAUUUUGGUUUGUAUUAUGACCACAGUGUAAUUAUUAAAGAAUUUAAAUUUAUGAUAAGUAGGUGAGAAUUUUGAGAGUGGAACUUGAUUUUUUAAUAUUUUGAACUAUUGUAAAAAAAAAUUUAAUUUAGCAAAAGGAAACAAAAGGGAGUUAUUUCCAGUAGAAAUUUCAGAGGCUUCAUGAUGGACCCUUAAAAAAAAAUUGUUUUGUUUGUGGGCCAUUGUAGAACUAAAUAGAGAGAUUGCUCACUAAUUCAGGUCAUAUGGGUCAGUCCCUCAUCAGAGUUAUGCACAAAACUUAUACUGUACUGCCACAUAAAUUAAUCAUUUAAUUUUUAUGGCAGCUUCUUCAAAGACACUAUACAGUACUUUACAGUACAGAAACUUAGUACACAAUAGAGCUGUAUAUUGAUAGUUCUCUUAGCAGCUUAAUUUAACCUAACCAUAAAUUUCUGUAAGUAUGUAAUUGGCAAACUCAUUUUUUGACUUCCAGAUGCUAAGGCUUUGCUGGUUUAAGGUCCUUGGCAUUCAAAUCUUCCCCAAUGUGUGUUUUUGGGGCUGUAAUUUUUCAUUGGCCUCUUUGACAAUCAGCUUUGCCCUGCCUAGUAUGGUUAUAAACUUCCAACACACAGAAUUUCAGAUAAUGAUGAUGAAGAUAAUGGAAGUAUCAAUACUUGUACUCUACUAAUUUUGCAAGGCCAAGCUCAUGGUUGAAUGCCUUACCUUUCAGCCAUAAUUAGUUGAAUGCAGUGACUCUUCACUUAUUUCUACUAAUUUACAUCUAAAUCUAUCAAAAUUACAUCAAAACAACUUUCUCAUCUUGUUCAUUCCACUCAUUUUAUGACUCUUAACUGGAAAAUCCUAGUGUAACUUCCUUGUCUUUUCCCCACACUGCCAUUAACCCUUUGAACAAUCUCAUCCUCAUCCUCGUGUCAUAAUUCGGGACCAUUAGCACAUUCAGGUUGAUUGUUGCUGUUCCUAUACAUAUUAAUUAAAACAACUUUGUUAAAAAAAAUGAAAGUAACACUGAUACAUAUGUGUUCUCAAUUUGUAUCACAUGAGAAGGCAGAAGACUUGCCUAGCUCAUAGGGUUGCAAUGGGUCCUGUUACCUCGGGUAGGAAAUACAAGCAAAUCUAGCCACAAAAAUUUAUAUUGAUAUAAUUUUGAUCACUUGUCACGUAUUGGUUAAUUAAAUAAAUGUUAUAAAUAAAUGUUUAUUCAGGUAAGGUACAUACAUACAAGAGAUUUUACAAAAAUUGAUAGAUUUAUAGAUAGAGCUGGUACAUACAAUGCCUAAAGCCACUAUUACGCAAAGCGUUUCGGGCAGGGAUUCAAUUCCCCAUUGUUGAGGAGAGGAAGCCCAUUAGGUAUAUCAAGGGCUCGUUAGCCAAUUACUGACCUUCCCCAGGAUGCACCCAUAACAGUUACUUAACUUCCCGAGUACCUUUGUACUACUAAGUAAAAUGAAACAUAAAGUGAAAGGAAAUUUGCCCAACAGUCCAUCUUUCCUUAAGGACUGAACCCCUGUUAUCAUUUAAUAACCCUCGUUUAUUUAUUUAUCAUUUAUUAUCAUUGCAUAUUUGUAACCAUGGGCUGCUGUACAUUAGUAACAUGACAGCUAAGCUUCAUAAUUUGGAUUUCAUCAAUCAGGAUUAAUUUGUCAUGAUUUUGGCAAAGUUACCUGGAGAUUUGAAUUGGUGAGCAAUGUGUGUAUUUACAAAAAUAUUCAAAUUUUUGGAAACUGAUGAAUCUAGGGACCUUCGUUAGUGGAUUGUAUCACGUGAUUCUCAUUAAUGGAUCCAAAGGUUAGUGAUUUGCAUGUGGAGUUCCUCAUUCUCGACUUGGAAAGAACAGAGUCAUCAAGCAGGUGGUCUCGCUGAGUGAUUCACGAAACAUUUGAUAAAUGGAUUUAAUAUAUAAAUUUUGACAGAAAAUAUUUGUAUGUAAAAUUGUAACUGUUGUAUAGGAAAUGGAUAUUUUUUGUUAUAGGAAAAAUGAUUAAAUCAAUUUUGGAAUGAUUAUAAGAAAGUAUACUGACAUACAAAUUUACAAUUCUAAAUUAAGGAAUGUUCCUUGAUAUCUGUGAUAAGGCUCAAGUCUUAUUCAUGGCCUGAGCAAUUAAUUUUUGUCUUUUAGUAAGUUGUUACAACAUUAAGAUUGUUUUUAAAGUAUAUUCGGCAAACUUUGUGCACCAUAAAUUGUCACUGUUCUCAAUUGUUUUGUUUCUUGGAGGUACAGUAUAUGCACCAACCUUGGUGAGCAUUGAACGAUUUGUAAAAGUCCAUCAUCCCGAACUUCAAUUAAAAGUACUGUACAUGAUUAUCAAAAUAUUUGUUUAAAUAUUAUGAUUUACAUUGAAAGGACAUUAUAUCCUCAACUUCUUGAGUAAUAAAUUGUAUGUUAUAAUUUACAUAUAGUUUACAAAUGUAUAUGUUUACACAAGUUGUUCCAGCAGUACAAAAUAUGACAAUGAAUUUGACAUUUCUCAAACAUUCGUGGAUUUAGUGUAACUAGAUUCUUAAAGGUACUCUCAUGUCUGUUGGUCUCAAAUUAAAUAACUUCUUAAAUACACACUUAUUAUA